AUGAUUCUUUCUAUGGCCUCUUGGAUUGCAACAGCGGGGUACAUCACAGCUACUGCUGCCCUCUCUGCCCCGCUCUGUCAGUCCGUUGCUCCAAAUCAGACUGUACUCAAUGUUCAGACUGCGAAUGUUUCUGUGCCAGAAUACCCAUUUGGGGUUAUCUACGCUAGACCAGACGUUGCAUUCGUGUCUGUCGUAGGGAAUGUCACUGUCCUAAACACGACAACAUUCACACCAACGGUAAUUCGCCACAUUCCAAUGCCGACGCCGUUCUACCAAAAGAUUGAUAGUGUCAACGGAUUUGCAAUUUCCCAUGACAAGAAAACCGUUUACGUAGCUGUGGGGACCGGUGCAGUCGCCAUUGAUGUCGAAAAAGCGAUUUCUGGGGAAGAUGCGAUUGCUGGUACGAUGGGCGGCAACACGGGAGCAACAGCCAUAGAAACCACCGUUUCUCACGAUGACGAAUAUGUUUUCGUGAGCAUUGAAGAUGGAAACAACGUCACAGAACUCCUUGGAACGAUCGAAAGCUUUCACGUCAAACGGGCCAGUAACGGCUCCAUAUCCAGCACAUAUGUCGGUUACAUUGCUCUUGGGCAUGAAGUCGUCGGCAGCGCACUCUCGCAUGACGGAUCUAAGCUAUUUGUUACCAGCGAAAGUGCGGCCACUGGUGGAAGUGGCACGUUGAGUGUUCUCGAUGUUGCAACCCUGAAGACCAAUCCAUCUCAAGCUUUACUUGUCACCGUCGAUGCAGGCUGCGGUCCUGUGCGAGUGCGACCCUCGCCAGACGGCAAGCAUGUGUGGGUCAAUGCUCGAGAAAGCAACAUGCUUCUAGCCUUCGAUACUGGGAAGCUCUAUCGCAACUCUUCCGACUCCCUGGUCGCAAGCGUACAGGUUGGCACUUCUCCUGUCAGCUUUGUAUUUGUCAAUCAUGGACGACAUAUUGUUACGGCAGACUCGAACCGAUUCGGUUACUCCAACGCCACUUCGGGUCUGACGGUAGUUGAUGUCAACGCUGCUCUGAACGGAAAACAAGGCUUUCCAAGGAUCCCCACUGGCAUCUUUCCGCGCGAAGUCUCGCUUAACCCGAAUGGAAAGACAUUGCUUGUGACCGAUUAUGGCAGCAAUGUUGUUGAAGCUGUCAACGUCACUCAACUGUCUUCCUUGUAGACAGAAGACCUCGUAGAAGUAGUCACUAGUGAGUUUGGAGCUUUUCAAAGCAGAAACCAUGAAGGUAUACGGAAGUCAUGGAUAGUAAUCUUAUUUCCUACCCCAGUACUAGUACUGAAACACAUUGAAAGCUUUUACACAGUCAAAUCAGUUGCGUCAAGAAACAGAUG